AGAAUUUGGGUCUUGUAGAUCUAUUUGGCAUACAAGUUACUUCAAGUCCCCAACUUACUGCUGCUCUACCAUAUGAAAUUAUUCAGGAUAUAACUGGAUAUACUCUUUAUAAUGGAAAUAAUGAUUAG